GAUAGUUUUAGUAUUUGUGCGAAGUUCCGAAUCAUUUAUAAAUUUAGCGUAAAACUUAUUUGAAAUAUUUAUUAUUAUAUUCUUGUGCCUAAAGUCAUUGAAAUACCACUGCUAUAUUUUUAUUAAUUGGAUAUUCAUAUCAUUGAUGCUUGGUUAAAAUAUUAAUGGUUAAAGGUAAAAGAAUACAGUGUUUUAAGUCCAUGUUUAAAGGUAUUAGAAUACAGUGUUUCAAGUCAGCUGAUUUCUUAUAAAAGAACAUGUGAAGUUCUAUGGCAUUUGUUUGCUCUGGAUUGUCUUAAAAUUGUGAAGUUUUGAUCUACUAACAGGUAUGGAGUGUGCACAAGAAAUGGAUGAAGAUAUAGAUAGUGAUGUGUCAAACAUAAUUCCUUUAAGAGACGAAUUACAGAAAUGUAGUGAUAUUUUAGCAGAAGAAGGUACAUUUACUAAUGAAUUUUUUCAUUCUGGCUCGAACAUUACUCAUGUUGAUCAGGUCAAUAUUAGCUUACCAAGCUUUAGUAAAACUGAUGUUAACUUACCAAGUUCCAGUAAAACUGAUAAUUUUAAGAUCUACGAAGAAGAUAUACCUUUUAUACCAAAAGAACAAGAGGACGAAUUGCUGGGUCUAGGUGUAUCUAUGUAUGAUCAAACUGAAUUUGAAAAUGAAGUUAUUGGGCAAGUGGACAAAGCUUUGAAAGCUCAAGUAGAACAGAAAAGAAAGACUGAUUUACAGAGAGAGUUAAAGACAGUUGCAGAAGAUAUCCGGUAUGCCAAACAAAGGCUCAGUCACAUUGACAAAGCUCUUUUGAUGGCUCCAAAAGAUUCGAUGUCCAUAAGUAAUGCAGCAAAAAGAGAGCUUGCAGCUAUAAAAAAGGAGCAAGAGAAUAAGCUCAAGCACUUAAAGAAAUUAGAAGCAAAACAGAAAACAUUACAAGCUUUUGUUUCCGGAAAUGCGGAAGAAGCUGAAAAUGCUGUGCGAGAUAAUUUUGAGGGUGAGGAAGAAAUGGAUGAAGAAACACUGUACCACCUAAAAAAUGUUUUCUCUUCAAAGGAAACUGAAGAAGAACGACUUAUACGGAUGGGACAGAUGACUCCUUUUGGAACAGUGAUGCAGAACCGGAAUCCAGCCAAGCCAAAGCCGAGAACGAUAAUUGUUCCAGAGGAUCAACUCACAGAUUUUGACAAGUUUUUGCUUAAUGAGGCAGAAGCGCACAAGACUAAGAAAUCAUUAAAGCCUACUCAAAAGCAUCCAAAACCGUCAACCUCGAAAUGUUCGGAAACGAACUCUAUGACUGAAAAGGCUUCAAAUUUUCCAGCAUUUACGGACGUAAAAGCAGUGGUUAGGAAGAAGCAGAAGGUGAAAGUUAAAUUAGGUUCAAAACAUGCAAGUGGGUAUUUGAAAAAAGUUAAUUUGAAUAGAGGUUUAGUAAAAAAUUACAAAAGUGAUUCAGAAUUGAGUGACUUUGAAGCAGAGCUGUAUUUCUGUAUGCAUUGCCUUAAGAGGAAGCCAAAGAAACUGAGAACUGGUUCUCGUAAGAAAUCAAAUUUGAGUUCUGAAGAGUCUGAAUCAUGUUUAAAAUCUGUGAGAAGUAAGGCGAAAAAAAUAGUUGAUGAUGGAGAUCAAGAAUCAUAUGUAAAGAGAAUCAAAGCUUUUGAAAAAUCUGAAUUGAUUAAGAAGCAUGAAAAAAUAUUAGAAAGUGCAGAUGGGGUUAUUGAUUCGGAUGAUGAAGACUUCACUGAAUUUGAAGGGGAUUACAAGAUUCCCAACAGUGUUUGGAAUAAAUUAUACAAGUAUCAACAAACUGGUGUCCGUUGGCUAUGGGAGUUACAUCAGCAGAACUGUGGAGGUAUUAUUGGAGAUGAAAUGGGAUUGGGUAAAACUAUUCAAGUAAUUGCCUUCUUCAUUGGAUUGAAAUAUAGCAAAUUAUUGACUGUUGGGGAUAAUUUUCAGGGCCUGGGUCCCGUCAUUCUGGUGUGUCCGGCAACUGUCAUGCAUCAGUGGGUUAAAGAAUUCCACACUUGGUGGCCACCUUUCAGAGUAGCAAUUCUCCAUGAAAGUGGCUCAUUUGUUGGCAAAAAAGAAUUAUUAAUUCGGGCCAUCAACAAGAAUCAUGGAAUACUAAUCACAUCCUAUGCAGGCAUUGUGCAGCAUCAAGAGUGCCUUCUGAAUCAUGAAUGGCAUUACGUUGUUCUCGAUGAAGGACACAAGAUUCGUAAUCCCGAUGCCCAGGCUACGCUUACUGUAAAACAGUUUCGUACACCUCAUAGGAUAAUUUUAUCUGGCUCUCCUGUCCAAAAUAACUUGAAAGAACUCUGGUCACUGUUUGACUUCAUAUUUCCUGGGAAACUGGGAACGCUGCCUAUUUUCAUGCAGCAGUUUUCUGUGCCCAUAGUGCAGGGUGGAUAUGCAAAUGCCUCGAAAAUUCAGGUUCAGACAGCUUACAAAUGUGCCACAGUGUUGAGAGACUCGAUAAAACCAUAUUUGCUACGGAGGAUGAAAUCCGAUGUAAAAAUGAGCAUCAAUUUACCCAAUAAAAGUGAGCAGGUUUUAUUUUGCCAGCUGACAGAAGAACAAGCAAAUUUGUACAAAGCUUACAUAAGUUCAAAAGAAGUGGAUAGUAUUUUGAAUGCAAGAUUACAGGUGUUUGUCGGACUCAUAAAUUUGAGAAAAAUCUGCAAUCAUCCUGACAUAUUUGAUGGUGGACCUAAAAUCUUUAAGGAUACUGAUGUAAGUUCUCUGACUGAGGAGGAGCAGUAUGGUUAUUACAAAAGGUCUGGAAAAAUGAUAGUUGUGGAAGCCUUGCUUCGUCUGUGGCAUAAGCAAGGACACAGAGUUUUAUUGUUCACUCAGAGCAGACAGAUGAUGGAAAUUUUGGAAAUAUUUGUCAAGAGUAAAAAUUAUACCUAUAUGAAAAUGGAUGGAACUUCUUCAAUUUCAUCACGUCAACCUGCUAUCAAUAAAUUUAAUUCUAAUCCCAACAUAUUUGUUUUUUUGCUCACAACUCGUGUGGGAGGACUCGGUGUCAACCUGACUGGUGCCAACAGGGUUAUAAUUUAUGAUCCAGACUGGAACCCCAGCACUGAUGCUCAAGCUCGGGAACGAGCAUGGAGAAUAGGGCAAGAAAAGCAAGUAACAAUUUAUCGUCUUCUGACUGCUGGAACUAUUGAAGAAAAAAUUUAUCACAGGCAAAUUUUCAAGCAGUUUGUCACAAACAGAGUUCUAAAAGAUCCAAGGCAAAGGCGUUUUUUCAAGAGCAAUGACUUGUAUGAACUUUUCACAUUCAAUGAAGUAGGUCCUCAGGGAACUGAAACAAGUGCUAUUUUUGCUGGUACUGGAUCUGAAGUUAAAAUUCCAAAAAAAUCACAUAAACGGGCAGCAGAAACUGGGAAGGAGUCUGUGGUUCGAUUCGCAAAGGAAGGAAAAGGUGCGGUUUCAUUCAGUCCCGAAAAACUGGAACAAAUGAAGCAGUUAGCUAAAAAAUUAAGUCUGGAACUAAGUAAGAAAAAUUCAAGCAGUGAAAAAGUUGUUAGACCAUCCACAGAACAAAAAACCAACCAGACUUCCCAGAUUUCUGUUGUAGAAAAUCCCUCCACAAAACAGGAUACCAGGCAGAUUUCCCAUAUGUCUGUUGCGGAAAGGAAAAGGGCAGAGGAAAAAUGUAUAUCUAAAGACAAAAUUGCCAAGAAAUUGAAAAAACAAAAACCUCCUAAAGUUGAUGGUGAAAAGAUUGAUUAUGUAGUUAAAACAGAUAUAUAUAAGCCACCUAGGACUGAAGAAGAAGAAAAUACAAAGCAGGAUGAUUAUGUCCUUAGCAAAUUAUUUAAAAAGUCAGGUGUUUAUACUGCUCUAAAACAUGAUACAAUAGUGGAGGCUUCUGAUCCCGAUUACAUGAUUGUGGAAGGAGAAGCCGAGAAGGUUGCCAAGCAAGCCAUUAAAGCAUUGAAAGAGUCCAGACGUAUGUGUGCCAGAGCUUCUGAAGGCAUACCUACAUGGACAGGCCAGCAUGGUGGAGUGAAACCCAGGUUUGGCCAGAAAAAGAAAGUUCUCCCUUUCACAGAAAUGGGCCAGGCUGACAAUUCUGAUAAGACCUCGAAAUCUCCAGUGAAAACUUCUGGCAGGAAAUCGACUUUCGAUGGAGGAGGAGUUACUUCAGGCAAUGCUCCAUCCUCAAGUCACUUGUUGUCUGCCAUAAGCGAACGUAAAAAGGUGUUUGGUACAGAUGUUGCGAGUGAUGAUGAAGAAGAAAGUUCUUUGGGAGCCAGUACCACCAAAUCUGCUACACAGCAUGAUGAAUUGCUCGUGGAUAUAAGAAAUUUCAUUGCCUUUCGUGCCGCAGUUGACGGUCAAGCUACAACAAAAGAGAUUGUUGAAGCGUUUCGAGACAAACUGCCGAUUCAACAGAAUGCGAUAUUUAAAUCACUUUUGAGCAAAAUAUGUGACUUCUCUAGAUCUCCUGAUGGUGAUGGUAUAUGGCAUCUGAAGGAAGAAUUUCGGUAGUAGAAAAAUUGAAUUUUUCUACUGUUAAAUCUGCAUUGCAAUCAUUAUGUUGAUGUAGCUAGGAAGAAAGCCGUAUUAUGUGUAUUGCUUUUUAAUUUGGUUUUUAAAACCUAAAUAUUCCUUUCUGUGAUACUUGGAAAUAAUUAAUUAAUAUUUAGAUUUGAUAACAUUAAUAAUUUUUAUAAUUCAUUAACAUUUUAAUUAUGCAAAACUUUAUAUGAAAUCUAACAAACAUAAGUCAAUGCAUGAAAUUGUAUAAUGUAAUCUAUCAUAUUAUAACAGCAAUAUACCUAUUCUUUAUAUGGGGGGGGAAAAGAGAAUAUUAUUUCUAAAUAAAAUAUAGGAUUGAAAAUGCCACAGAAGUUACCAUAGGAGGAAGUUCAUGCUUAAAAGAAAUAUAGUAAUAUAUAUAUUAAAAAAUUAAACAUACUUGCUUCAGAUAAAUGUACUAAGCGAUAAGAUAUAAUUUUUUUGUAAUCACAGUAUUCUUAAUCAUAUGUAGCUAAAAAUAUAAUCAUAAGGUCCCAAGCAAUAAAGGAUUUUAAACUGUUGCCAAAAGAAAUUUAAGUUAAAAAGAAAAUCUGAAAGGAUUUAGAUUUUAACAUUGCAACUGAGGAUUUUUCAAGGUUUUUUAAUGCUUUUGCUUAGCUCUCCGUUUACCAGUCUGAUCUUGGACGCACUCCUGGGAUCUGGAAUCAUCAGUUUCAUUUCUGGUGACUACUGCAUAGAGUGUUUGCCAAUAAUUCUUAUGCCUGUAGGCGAUCACAUUAAUUUUGUAAGUUUAAAUUAAGGUGUGUUUGCGCCGCACCUGUGAAAAAAUUUUUACUAAAUAGCAAGACAUGAGGAAAACUUCUCAGAAUCAUUGUAGAUCAAUCAUAUUUGAAAGUCAUUUAAGAUGAUAAGUAAUUUUAUGCAAUUUCUGUGCAAUAUUAUUGUGUAGGUGCAUGGCAUAUUUGAUAGCAAUUCUAGAUGCAAGCUACGUGAGAGAUUAUUGCUGACUGAAAUAAGCAGGAGAUACGUGAGAGUCGAAAUCAAUGUCACAUGACAUAGUCUCUUUCUAAUUGGUCCUUGCCGUUGCAGUGAGAAAUUAACUUUAAUUCACAAAUUUGAACUAAUAUUUAUUUCAAUACUUGAAUAAAUGAAAGUAAUUAUGUACAGUAACUACUUUUAAUCUUUCUUUUGCUCUUUCGAAUGAAAUUUUUGCUAAAUGAAUUCAUCUGUUAGAAGUUGUGCGUAAGUUAGUAUUCACAUGGUGAAAAGUCUCAUCCUGAUUACUUGGUUCUUAUUACUUGGUUUAAGGUGCGUUUCAUUUAACAUCAUCACAUCUGUUUUGUAAGUGUUCAUAUAAUUGAUGAGUUUGUGAAGCUGGUGAUAAACACCAUUUGCGUUAAAGAAGGAUAUUCUCAAAAAGCUUGUGGUAGCUAAUAUCAGAUUUGGGUUGUACAGUAAAUGUAUUUGAACUCAUCAAUUUGUAAUUUGCAUGCAAGUUUGGGAGUGAGGUUACAUGUCUUCUAUUAUCCAAUGGGCAGCAUUCAAAGUUGUAUUUUUAGUGAGCAUUGUAAACUCCACAUUAAGAUAUUUACAAUUUACACUUGAAUUAAAUAAUUUUUUAUACAAAGUCUAAACAGCCUUUAUUCAUUAAGUCCUUUCUUUGUAAAUAAUGAGAAAAACAAGUCCGUGGCUUUUCCAAACUAAUACACUAUCUUUGCACUAUUUUUUCUUAUGGGGUAUAAGUAAUGUUUUUCAUUAUUAUGAAAUCUAAGAUUUCUCUGCUUCCAUCAUGAUGACAUCUUGUGGGAACAAUCAGGGGGGAUAAUACACAUAUUGGAGGUUAAGUAAUAAUUGCAUAGAAUAUUUUCGUUUCUAUUUUCAUUUCUACUAUUCCUGUGAUGGUGUUUAGUAUUGAAGUUGCCUGCAAUUAAAGUAGGCAGGUUUGAGUUUGUGAUUUUAUCUAAGUCUUGGAUUCUUAGAAUGCUUCCUGGUGGAUGAUACACAGAAAUAAAUAGGUAAGGCUCGUCGAAUCCCUUAUAAACAAUUGCAGCAAUGUUUUCAAUAUUUCCUGUGGUAGGGAUGCUGAAUCUUGUAUGCUUAAAGGUGUCUUCAAAUUAAUAAGGCUGUACUUCCUCCUCUGUUGUGCUGUCGGUCGUUGUGUAAAAUGCUAAAGCUCUGAAUAUUUGUUCUUAUUACUUGGUUUAAGGUGCGUUUCAUUUAACAUCAUCACAUCUGUUUUGUAAGUGUUCAUAUAAUUGAUGAGUUUGUGAAGCUGGUGAUAAACACCAUUUGCGUUAAAGAAGGAUAUUCUCAAAAAGCUUGCGGUAGCUAAUAUCAGAUUUGGGUUGUGCAUUGAGGAUCUAAAACUCAUAAUUUAGGUUUGAGAAGUAAUCGAAUGCGACCAUACCGACCUCUGAUUUUUUUAAUAUUGUCUUUGCUAACUUGAAUUUAUUACAGAAAGUUUUAACUUGAAUAAAUUGUAUUUGUAUCCAUUCAAAGAAUGACGGCUCAUUCUGAUUGGUUGCUUUUGGGGUAUUUCAGGAAUGGGUGGGUUUUAGGAUGUCCUGUUGUUUGGCACUUGGAAGGUUUGGGAAUUCUGGGUUUAGAGUAAAUUGUGGUUUAUUUGCAUUUUUCUUAGCUUCUUUUGCAGCUUUCUCCUGUUCUAUUUUUUUGGUGUAUAUUAAUUGGGUUUUUCUUACAUCCAUGAUAGGACAAAACAUGAUUAGCGCCACACAGAGUACAAAUUGAGGAAUUUUCAUCUUUUUUAGUCUUACAGAGAUAGGUUUUAUGGUUUUGUGCACAUUUAAGGCAUCUUGGAGUAUAAUGGCACAGGUCCCGUGUAUGCCCGUACCUCUGGCACUUAUGGCAUUGCAUAGGGCCUGGCCUUGAUUUAUAAUUCGCUAUAAGGACAUCUAGAUCUCUCAAUUUCUUUAUGUCAAAGAUCUUCUUUCCUUCUGCAACCCAUAUCGGGAAUUUCUUUUUGUAAAGUUUUGAUAUUAGUGGUUUAGUGGUUUUAGUAAUUUUUCGAUAAUAACCUUUAUGGGCUUAUCCAAAUUCAUUUUGUAUGUGUGGAAUGGCACUCGACGAUCUUAUCGUAUUUUUGUAAUGGUUCUGUAGUGGUCUGCUUCAAAAAUUCGAAUAGUUAACCUUCUUCCUUUUAGGUUGUCAUUCUACUUUUUUAUACCUAAACCCUCAAUCUCAUCUUUUAGUUUUUCCCAGUUUCUUGCGAAAUCUGCAAGUUUAAUGGGAGGAAUAUGACCCACUAUCUUUUUUGGGAUUUCAGAAGAUGUGUUAUCAUUAUCCUCGUCCAUAUUUUCUUCAGCAUUUAGCUCUUCAAAUUAAUUUUUCUGUGACAGAUACUCUGUCUCUGAAUUUAAUAGGUUACACUUGUGCGUUAAGCGCAGAGUUAUGAAACCUUCAUUGUCGAUAGAUUUCUUUUUACGUGUCUUUCCACUAGCGCUUCUAGUUAGUAUUUUUGCUUUAUCGCUGUUUAGCGAUGAGUUUGGGGUUUGUCAUCACUUUCUUUUUUGCCUCUUCAUUUGUAUAUAUUUUAAUUGAUGCAAUACUCUCACUAAGUUGUUUAAGACGUGCUUCCAAAUUAGGGCAGUUAGCCUUUGAAAGUGCCUUGUGCUCUUGUAUGAAUCUAGUUUUAAGUACUUCUAACUCAUCUGCAGAUUUAAAACUCUCACGUAGCUGCUCUACAUAUUUGUAUGUGUCUAACAAACUAACUUCCAUAUUGCUGACCUAAUCUGCUGCUACCUGACUGAUUUGGCUCAUCAAUACAUACUGAGAAAACAAAGUAAAACAAUUUUACCAAUAGUAAAGACGCGAAAGAUGUAACCCGCUGAGAAAGACUUCACCCAAGAACACUCGUAACACCUGACUCGUCUCUAAGAGCUCAGCAUUCAAGUGUCACUAACCACACACUCCUGCUAACACAAUUUUUUAGCCCUUUUAACUUUAUUGUUAAGCAUCAAUUUCUUUGCCGUUAUGCCACAUAAAAUUGCAUAGCAAAAUCACAAAAUAUUUAAAAGCAGCAGAUGUUUAGAAUUCUCAAUACAACAUUAAGUGCUGCCAUUAAUUUUUUUUUUCCAGUCUUUUCUCAGGGAAUCAUAUCAGUGCUCAUUUUUUUUAUCAGUAUGAUGUACACAACUUUUUUUUUAUCUUUUUAUUAGUAACAUUUGGUCUUUUUAAUUUUAUUUAUUAAACAUCAUUUUUAUACUUAUGCAACAUAAAAUUCAACAGCAA